AGCGUGCUCCCGGCUCACGACGCACGCAGUGUGUCGGCAGCACGUGAGUAGAAAACACGCGACAACAAUUAAAAAUGCCAAGUUACGCAUCCAUUGGGCCGAAUGGCGCGAGUGAUUGUUACCUUCUUUUAGAAGACGGUAAUAUUUUUUUGGGAAAACAAUUUGGGGCCGAUGUAUCCGUUGAUGGUGAAAUUGUCUUCCAGACUGGUAUGGUUGGUUAUUCAGAAUCACUCACGGAUCCUUCUUACCAUGCUCAAAUUCUGGUGCUGACAUAUCCGCUUAUAGGAAAUUACGGUGUUUUUGGUGACGAGAAGGAUGAGAAUGGCAUACCAUACUGGUUCGAGUCCCACCGCAUUUGGGCCGCUGGGCUAAUAGUCGGAGAGAUUUGUGACAAACCCAGUCAUUGGCGGCAAACUAAGACGCUAUCUGUAUGGAUGAAAGAACAAAAUGUACCUGGAAUAUAUGAGAUCGAUACACGAGCAUUGACAAAAGUUAUUCGCGAAAAAGGUACUAUAUUGGGCAGGAUAAUUUAUGGUCAACCACCCUCAACCAUCCUGCCGAUAAUACCUCCAAUAGAAGAUCCCAACAAGAGAAAUCUUGUUGCAGAAGUUUCUCUGCCGCUUUCAAAUGUAUAUCCAACAUAUAAUCCGAAUGGAUAUCCUCGUAUAUGCGUGGUUGAUUGUGGAUUAAAAUACAAUCAACUGAGAUGUUUGCUAAGACGUGGUGCUCGUGUGGACGUUGUACCAUGGAAUUAUGAUUUGGGUGCUGCCGAAUACGACGGUUUAUUCCUCAGCAACGGUCCGGGUGAUCCCAGCAUGUGCGAAGUAACUGUCAAAAAUAUCCGAAUGGUUUUCACGCAAAGAAAGAAAACACCAAUUUUUGGCAUAUGUCUUGGGCAUCAAUUACUAUCCAUAGCUGCUGGUUGCAUCACAUAUAAAAUGAACUAUGGCAACCGAGGUCAUAAUCAACCGGCAACGCAUCACAGUACCGGACGUUGUUAUAUGACUUCGCAGAAUCACGGCUUUUGCGUUGAUGCGACUCAAUUACCGGCCGAUUGGGAGGUGCUCUUUACUAAUACUAAUGACAACAGCAAUGAGGGUAUAGUUCAUUCAAAUCUGCCGUAUUUCUCCGUUCAAUUUCAUCCGGAACACACAGCAGGACCUGAGGACCUUGAAUGUCUCUUUGAUGUAUUCUUGGAGAGCGUGAAGGACGAAAUCGAGGGUCAUCCUUGGAUCUCUAUAAAGGAUAGACUCACUAAAAAGCUAAUCUACGACAAAUCUUCGACUCUAAUUAUACCCGAACGGCCUAAGAAAAUAUUAAUUUUGGGCUCAGGAGGACUUAGCAUUGGCCAAGCUGGAGAAUUCGAUUAUUCGGGCUCUCAGGCGAUAAAAGCGUUAAAAGAAGAAUCGAUACAGACUCUUUUGAUAAAUCCUAAUAUCGCCACGGUACAAACGUCAAAAGGCAUGGCUGAUAAAGUGUACUUCUUGCCAAUUACACCAGAAUACGUCGAACAGGUGAUACAAUCAGAGAGACCGGAUGGCGUACUAUUAACAUUUGGUGGACAAACUGCCCUUAACUGCGGCGUAGAACUUGAAAGAAACGGCGUAUUUGCAAAAUACAACGUCAAAAUCCUAGGGACACCAAUCGAAUCAAUCAUACAGACUGAAGACAGGAAGAUAUUUGCAGAGCGUGUCAGCGAGAUAAAUGAAAGAGUCGCACCAAGUGCUGCCGUGUAUUCCGUUCAAGAGGCAUUAGAAGCCGCUGAGAAACUGGGUUAUCCCGUAAUGGCGCGCGCUGCGUUUUCGCUCGGUGGUCUUGGAUCAGGUUUUGCCAAUACGAAGGAAGAGCUAAGGAUGCUAGCUCAACAAGCUUUAGCUCACUCCAACCAAUUAAUAAUUGACAAAUCAUUGCAAGGCUGGAAGGAGGUAGAGUACGAGGUUGUCCGCGAUGCGUACGACAACUGUAUCACGGUAUGCAACAUGGAAAACGUCGAUCCCCUCGGCAUUCAUACUGGCGAAUCGAUUGUCAUCGCGCCGAGUCAAACAUUGUCCAAUAAAGAAUAUAAUAUGCUACGAACAACCGCUAUUAAGGUCAUUAAGCAUUUCGGCAUCGUCGGAGAAUGUAAUAUACAAUAUGCGUUCAACCCUUCCUCCGAAGAAUAUUACAUUAUCGAGGUGAACGCUAGAUUGUCUAGAAGCUCGGCUCUAGCCAGUAAAGCUACCGGCUAUCCUCUGGCUUACGUCGCUGCCAAAUUAGCUCUUGGAAUACGCUUGUCGGAUAUUCGUAAUUCUGUCACUGGUGAAACAACAGCUUGUUUUGAGCCGAGUCUUGAUUACUGUGUAGUUAAAAUACCUAGAUGGGAUCUUAGCAAGUUUCAUCGCGUCAGUACCAAGAUUGGCAGCUCCAUGAAGAGCGUAGGUGAAGUUAUGGCGAUUGGACGUAAAUUCGAGGAAGCUUUUCAGAAGGCUUUGAGAAUGGCUAACGAAAAUGUGAAUGGCUUCGAUCCUUAUAUGAAGGAGAUUAACGAUGAAGAUUUGGAGAAACCGACCGACAAAAGAAUGUUCGUUCUCGCUGCUUCGAUCAAAGCCGGCUAUACGAUCGAUCGAUUAUACGAGCUCACCAAGAUAGAUCGCUGGUUUCUGGAAAAGAUGAAGAACAUUAUCGAUUAUUAUGUACUCUUAGAAAACAUCGAUCGUACAAAACUUUCGCACGACUUGCUACUGGGCGCAAAACAGAACGGCUUCUCGGACAAGCAGAUCGCCGCCUUGGUAAAGAGCUCCGAAUUAGCUGUCAGAAUACAAAGACAGGAGAAUAAUAUUCGACCAAUGGUCAAGCAAAUUGAUACAGUCGCUGCUGAAUGGCCGGCCACUACAAACUAUCUUUAUUUAACGUACAAUGGCACUAGCCACGAUGUGGAAUUUUCUGGCGGAUAUACAAUGGUGAUAGGUUCCGGAGUAUACAGGAUCGGCAGUUCAGUAGAAUUUGAUUGGUGUGCCGUGAGUUGCCUACGUGAACUGCGAAAUCUUGAACGUAAGACAAUAAUGGUCAAUUAUAAUCCAGAAACGGUCAGUACAGAUUACGAUAUGAGCGAUAGAUUGUAUUUUGAGGAAAUCUCCUUCGAAGUGGUAAUGGACAUAUAUGAUUGUGAGAGCCCAGAAGGUAUAAUAUUAUCGAUGGGUGGACAGCUACCAAAUAAUAUUGCAAUGGAUCUGCAUAGACAACAGGCUCGAAUCCUUGGAACAUCACCAGAGUCCGUCGAUGGUGCUGAAAAUCGUUUUAAAUUUUCUCGUAUGCUCGAUAGCAUUGGUAUAUCGCAACCUAGAUGGAAAGAAUUGACGAAUUUGAAAUCCGCCAUUGAAUUCUGCGAGGAAGUUGGCUAUCCAUGCCUUGUUCGGCCUUCGUAUGUGCUAAGUGGAGCCGCAAUGAAUGUUGCCUAUUCAAAUCAAGAUCUGGAGUCUUAUUUGAAAAGCGCGAGCGAAGUUAGCAAAGAGCAUCCCGUAGUGAUAUCGAAAUUUAUUCUCGAGGCGAAAGAAAUCGACGUCGAUGCCGUUGCUUAUGAAGGAGUUAUAUUAUGCAUGGCAGUAUCUGAACAUGUCGAAAAUGCCGGUGUUCAUUCAGGAGAUGCUACAUUAGUAACGCCACCACAGGAUAUCAAUGCGCAAACUCUGACGAAGAUAAAAAGUAUCUCGAAAGCAGUCGCGGCAUCCCUGGGAGUCACCGGUCCUUUCAACAUGCAACUAAUUGCCAAGGAUAAUGAAUUAAGAGUGAUCGAGUGUAACGUAAGAGUAUCCAGAUCUUUUCCUUUUGUCUCGAAAACCUUAGACCAUGACUUUGUCGCGACAGCAACCCGUUUAAUCGUCGGCGAAACAGUUGAGCCUGUGGACGUUUUAGCUGGCUGUGGAAAAGUUGGAGUGAAAGUGCCGCAAUUUUCCUUUUCCCGACUUGCUGGUGCUGAUGUGAUGCUGGGCGUGGAAAUGGUAUCUACUGGGGAAGUAGCCUGUUUCGGUGAAAAUCGCUACGAAGCUUAUUUGAAAGGCAUGAUAAGCACCGGUUUUCACAUUCCUCAAAGGGGUAUCUUGCUCUCUGUAGGAAGUUUUAAGCAUAAAAUGGAGUUACUUGGGUCUAUCAGAAAUUUGAAAAACAUGGGAUACAAAUUAUAUGCCAGCAUGGGUACCGCCGAUUUUUAUACUGAGCAUGGAGUCGAAGUAGAACCAGUGCAAUGGACGUUUGAAAAUAUCGCCGUGAAUGAGGAUUCUAGUCCGAGCGAACUUCGACAUCUUGCUGACUUUUUGUCAAAAAAGCAAUUUGAUCUUGUGAUUAAUCUGCCGAUGAGAAACGGUGGUGCACGACGCGUUUCCAAUUUUAUGACACAUGGUUAUCGAACGAGAAGGCUAGCAAUCGAUUAUUCCGUGCCUUUAAUUACGGACGUAAAAUGUGCGAAGCUUCUAGUCGAGGCGAUGAGAAUGAUCGGUGGAAAAGCACCGCGGAUGAAAACAUAUACCGAUUGUGUGACGUCGCGUAGGAUGAUCAGACUACCCGGUCUCAUUGACGUGCAUGUACAUACUCGUGAUCCUGGAGCGAUCCACAAGGAGGAUUUCGCCUCUUGUACCGCGGCAGCGCUCGCCGGAGGCAUCACGAUGAUAUUUGCAAUGCCCAAUACUAACCCAGCAGUGGUGGACCACCAGACUUUUGCCAUCGCCAAAGAGCGAGCUGCUGCUGGUUCACAUUGCGAUUAUGCACUCUUUAUUGGCGCCUCAUCGGACAACUAUAAUAUCACACGAGAAAUAGCACCGCACGCUGCUGCUCUGAAAAUGUACCUGAACGAGACAUUUACGACACUACGUCUCACGGAUCUUACUGUUUGGAUUAAGCAUUUUGAAAGCUGGCCUAAAAAAUAUCCUUUGUGCGUGCAUGCGGAAGGACAAACUACAGCCGCGGUUUUACUGCUAGCAAGUUUGCAUAACAGGCCGAUUCACGUGUGUCACGUGGCACGUAAAGAGGAAAUAGAAAUUAUACGCGCUGCUAAGGAACAUGGAUUGGCAGUUACGUGCGAGGUAUGUCCGCAUCAUUUAUUCCUUUGCCAAGAUGACUUGGAUCGGAUCGGCAGCAAAAGAGGUCAGGUAAGACCUACUCUGGGAACAAAAGAGGACCAACAGGCUCUUUGGGACAAUUUGGAUGUUAUAGAUUGUUUCGCAACCGAUCAUGCUCCACAUACCGCGCAAGAAAAGACUUCCGAGAAACCACCGCCAGGAUUUCCCGGGCUAGAAACAAUGCUACCGCUGUUACUUAAUGGUGUGCAUGAAGGAAGAUUGACUAUGGAGGACAUAAUUGACAGAUUGUACCGAAAUCCCAAAAGAAUCUUUUCCAUUCCCGAUCAACGUAACACAUAUGUCGAGGUCGAUCUAGAUGACGAAUGGAUCAUUCCGGAAGCAAUGCCAUUUAGCAAAUCAAAAUGGACACCUUUUGCUGGCAUAAAGGUUCGCGGUUCAGUGCAUAGAGUAGUCUUGAGAGGCGAGGUCGCUUAUGUCGAGGGAAAAGUUUUGAUAAAUCCUGGAUUCGGGCAAAACAUUAGGGAUGUACAACACAAGGCAAAAGUCCCACCGACGCAUCACAUACCGAUGACAUCCGCUCUAUCUACAGAUGCCACUUGUAAACCAUUGCCAUUAUUGGACGGUCUCUUAUCGCCAAAUGAAAAAUCUAACAUAUAUGCUGAUCGUGCAUACGUCGCUGAUUUAUAUGAGGAGGAACGAAUUGAAUCGCAUCUCCUGCAACAGGCAUCGCACAAAUCGAGUGUACAUUUUGCGCUGGAUAGCGACACAAGGGAACAUUCUAAGGUGUUACCCUCUCAAAGGACUAUCUCACCAUUGCCAAUUAGCAAUCUUACCAGAUACAAAAGCGACAGUAAUCCGAAUCUUCUUACGUCUGCUGUCGCACCUAUUCCAACCGUUCAUGCAAGCAGCAGUUUAAUCGGGCAUCAUGUACUUACUGUAGACAUAUUUAACAAAGAAAUAUUAAAAGAUAUAUUUCAUCUUGCGGAAACUUUCCGAAAUGUUAUUAGGAAGGAGCGACCGUUGGAUCAUAUUUUAAAGGGAAAAAUUAUGGCUUCCAUCUUUUACGAGGUCAGCACGAGAACAUCAUGUAGUUUUGCUGCCGCCAUGGAACGUCUUGGUGGUCGCGUGAUAUACAUGGAUGGUUCCACAUCGUCGGUAAAAAAAGGAGAAACCUUAGAAGAUUCUAUAGCAGUCAUGGCAGGAUACGCGGAUGUUGUUGUACUCAGACAUUCAGAGCCGGGUGCGGUAGCUAGAGCAGCGCUGCAUUGCAGGAAACCAUUGUUAAACGCCGGUGAUGGAGUUGGCGAACAUCCAACACAAGCGUUGCUCGAUAUUUUUACAAUUAGAGAUGAGUUUGGAACUGUAAAUGGCCUUACAAUUACGAUGGUAGGAGAUUUAAAACACGGCAGGACUGUUCACUCUCUCGCAAGGUUGCUGACUCUAUAUAACGUCGAGCUUCGCUAUGUGAGUCCACCUGGACUAGGCAUGCCAGAUCAUAUUGUUAAUUACGUGGCUGAACGUCAAAUUUCCCAAGAAAAGUUUUCAACCUUAGAGGAUGCUCUGCCUGAUACCGAUGUUCUUUACAUGACCCGAAUACAACGCGAGCGUUUUGUCACGCAAGAGGAAUAUCAUCAGAUGUGCGGACACUUUAUUGUUACCCCGCAACUGAUGUCUCGCGCAAAGAGAAGAAUGGCGGUGAUGCACCCUCUGCCACGUGUCUUUGAAAUAAGUACAGAGUUCGACACAGAUCCACGAGCUGCUUACUUUCGACAAGCUGAAAAUGGAGUCUACGUGCGUAUGGCAUUGCUAGCCAUGGUUCUCGGACGCGCUUGAUCUAACCGUCACCGUCAUCUGCCUCUUGUGCAUCAAAAAAUCUAUUAAAGAAGAUUAAAAGAUCUAGAAAAGCAUUUUAAUUCAACAAUUUCAAUUAGACUGUGAUGAGCGCCUAAAAACCAAUAGAUAGAUUCCGACAUUCCAUUAUCGCGACAAGUGAUUUAUAAGAAAUUUUAUAAAAAUCGCGAGAUUUUAUAAGAAUCGCAGAGCGACAACUUUAACAAUAUAUUAUUGUAACUAUAAAUUGAAAUUUUAUAUAAAUUUUCUUUGUAAAAUGAUAAACUUUUUCUUGAAAUAUUUUUUAUUUUUCAUUUUUUAUUAAAUAACAUAUGAAUAUAUAAAUAAUAUUGUAUAAUAUAUAAAAAGCAUAUAUUAUACAUAGUGUAAUUUAUAGUGUAAUAAUACUUACAGUAAUAAUUUACACAUAUAUUUUUGUAUGUAUGCUAUAAAAUAAUGAAGAAAAAUUUUAUAUGUUUACUGCAAUAAAAGAUUUAAAGAA